GCGGCAGAAAGCGGCGCGGCGGAUUCGGCGGGGGGAACCACCGAGAGGGGCGGCUAGAGCGGCCCCUGGUAGCCGUAGCGGAAGCGCGGGGCGGGGAGGCCGGAAGCGCUGAGCGGGAAGGUGGGGGCAGCGGAGCCGCCGGAGCCACCGAGGCGCGGCGGCAGAAUGACACGAUGGACGCGGGCGGCGGCCCCCUCCUCCCCGACAGCGUCCUCUACGAGAUCUUCCUCUACCUGGACCACGUAGACGUGCUGUCGGUGGGGCUGGUGUGCCAGCAGUGGCACGCCGUGGCCCGCGACGAGUUCCUGUGGAAGGAGCUCUUCUACCGCUACUACCGCAUCUCCCGGGAGGUGCCCCGGCACCCAGCUGCCGUCUCCUGGUAUGAUGAGUUCCAGAGGCUCUACGACACCAUCCCUUGUGUGGAAGUGCAGGCCCUAAAGGAGCACAAUGACCAGGUUUUGCACCUCAGCUUUUCCCACUCUGGCUGUUUGUUUGCAUCGUGCUCCAAAGACUGUACCGUCAAGAUCUGGAGCAAUGAGUUGGACAUCACCCUGCAGCACAGCUCCAACAUGAGGCCGUACAACUGGAGCUACACACAGUUCUCCCAGUUCAACUCUGAUGACUCCCUCCUUCUGGUGUCAGGUGUCUUUGUGGGGCCUCACAACUCCUCAUCAGGAGAGAUUGCCGUAAUCAGCAUGGAGAACUUCACGCUGCUUUCCAGAGUGAGGAAUAAACCCUAUGAUGUGUUUGGCUGCUGGCUGAAUGAAACCAACUUGAUAUCUGGCAAUCUGCAUCGGAUUGGGCGUAUAACCUCCUGUUCUGUGCUGUGGCUGAACAAUGCUUUCCAGGGCAUAGAGUCUGAGAAUGUGAAUGUAGUGAAGAGACUGUUCAAAAUCCAGAACCUGAAUGCCAGCACUAUCCGGACUGUGAUGGUGGCUGACUGCAGCCGGUACGAUUCCCCAGACCUGCUCCUGGACUAUGAGGAGCAGCUAGCUGCUUCCUCCACCUCCACCUGCCCAGUCUUUGAUCUUGGCAGUGACAGUGAGGAAGAGGAGGCCAAGCCCAAGCAGACUCUGGAGCCAGCAGUACAGGAAUUGCCGGAUGACGGGGGUGUGACAGCAGAGGAUGGGCUGCAGCAGUUCUUUGAUGAUAUCAUGGAGGGCCGUGUGAGGCCUGCCAUGACCGAGACAGAGUUGGAGACAAAGGUGGCUGAGCUGUUUGUACGCAACAGAACUAAACCGCCUGAGCUGAACCUGCUCUCCACGGACAGCAACAGCAAGACAAAAUACUUAAUCUUCACCACAGGAUGCCUCACCUACUCCCCGCACCAGAUAGGGAUUAAAAGGAUCCUGCCCCAUCAGAUGACGACUGCUGGGCCAGUGCUUGGGGAGGAGAGACGCUCAGAUGAGUUCUUUGACUCACUGGAUCACGUCAUUGACAUUCAUGGCCACAUCAUCGGCAUGGGCCUCUCCCCUGACCACAGGUACCUGUACGUGAACAGCCGUGCCUGGCCUCGGGACUGCGUCAUCUCUGACCCGAUGCAGCCACCCCCCAUCGCUGAGGAGAUCGAUCUGCACGUGUUUGACCUGAAGACAAUGAAGGAGGUGAAAAGAGCCCUCCGUGCGCAUCGGGCCUACACGCCCAACGAGGAGUGCUUCUUCAUCUUCCUGGAUGUCAGCCGGGACUUUGUGGCAAGCGGGGCAGAGGAUCGCCAUGGCUACAUCUGGGAUCGGCACUAUAACAUCUGCCUGGCCAAACUGCAGCACGACAAUGUGGUCAACUCCGUGGCAUUCAGCCCGGUGGAGCAGGAGCUGCUCCUGACAGCCAGCGAUGACACCACCAUCAAGGUGUGGCGCUCCCCUCGCACAGUGCGCAUCCAGCAGGCCAGGAAGCCCAGGCCCAGGAAACUGCUCUUCUCCUGGCUCAUGAACCAGAAAAGCUGAACCCAGGUACACUGCUCCUGCAGCUUCCUCACUGCAGCCACCUCUGGAGCUUGCAGAGUUUUGAGCCCUGCACAACAGAGACGAGCUCUGGGCACGCGAAUCCCAUCCGCCAAGUCAAGGAGGGGACGGGUAGGGGGAAUUUCUUCCUCCUUGGAGCGUCUGCUUCAAAGACAGAACGUGAGAGCUGAGGGCUCGUUCGUGGGCCCAGCAGACGGCAGCCUGAGCUGGUCACUGCAGGGUGGGCUCCCCACGGCUUUGCACGAACGCUGCUACUUGGUCACAGCUCUCUCUGGGUGAGCUUUGGUCUCUGAGAACAGACUGAGGCACGUCUCCAGUGUUUGUACUGUGUGAGCUGGGACAUGGCUGACCUCGUCGAGAGCUACUAGCUGCAGAGCACUUGGCAGAAGCCACAGUACAGUGCUGUGCUGCCUUACUGCAGGACUCUUUUAAUAGUAGUUUUAUUAACAUUUAUUUGUCCCAAACCUCCACAGGCAACUCCCCUGGCUGCUGGGUAAUGCCGAGUGCCUCCUGCCGCACGGUGUCUGUCUGGAGGGCAGGGAGACUGCAGCAGGGGAGGCAGGGCUGGAGGGGCCUGGCUGGCCUCUUGUGUGGCCCCCCAGGGAUGCAGCCAGUGCCCCCUCAAUGCCUUGUUAGCAACUAUGUGUUGGCAUCACCAGUUUCCAAACCUGAGAGGGGGGAGGGCUGGUGGUAACACGGUGCUGGCUUUGCCCUCUGUCUUCCUCGGCUAAGGAGCACUUAAAUAAGCUAUGGCAUUGGUAAUGUAUUUAUUCUAGGGGAUCUGCUGCCCCUUCCCAGGGAGGCAGCUGUGAGGAUGGCUGGUGGGUCUUGUGGUCACCUCCCUCCCAUGCUACUCAAGUCGUGGCACUUUAGGUUCUCUUGGUAUGUUCUCUGUGAUAGGUGUAGGCACCCAGGGGUGGCUGCAGAUAUUUAACCACAGGUGACAGGGGAACGCAGCCCUCCUCUGCCUGAAGUGACAGCUGAAUAAGCUUCCAUUCACCUGGGCUGUCUUGCCAUGGGUUUGGUGACCAGGUCCUGCUGGGGACCCCUCUGAUGGUGGAGCUGCCUCACUUGUAGCAAUUGUGAACUCGGUGGGUUUAACCUGUCCCUGAAGCUCUUCUCCAUGCAGCUGGUACCCAAAUAUAAGAGCCUAUUCUUUAAGCUCCUAAUCUUGACUUGGCCUUGGUGGGUCCCCCAGGAGCCGCAGUCACUCCUGGGAGCUGGGCUGUGUCUGGAAAUGAGCUGGGUCCUGGGGGAGGUGCUUCAGGACUCCCCUGGGAGCACCGGGGGCAGUUGUCUGUGUCACUCAUGGCCUUGGGUUGCAAAUAGACUUAACAGCCGGCAGCAGAUACUGUCCCGAUAGGCACUGACGGCUUUAACAGCUCCUGCAGCCCUUGGUGGGAGGGUUUGUACCCGUGUUCUGCUGGGCCCCAGCAGGUGCCCAUGGCUUUAUCCAAAACCCCUGUACUCAGGUUUUCUGUCUUCACAGGACUUCCAGAAACAAGGGAGUCCUUUGUGUGUGUGCAUGCAGGAUCCACAUCAGCGCUCUGUCCUGUCACACAGCAAACGGCCUCUACCUUCCACCUUCCUCCCCCAAGAUUGUGAAAUCUUUUCUCCCUUGGCUCGGUGUAGUAGUGAGCAAGGCACUGAGGGUUUAUGUUUGUACCGAGUUUUGCUCUUCACUAUGGCAUUGAAUAGAUAUUCUGCUAAAGCA